UGAAGGGCUAGCGUCACCGGCCUGCAACGCCCGGCGUUUUCCCGAAGUUCGGACUUCCCGGCCCUGACCAGGGGGCAGUUCCUGGGGAAGUGGCUCCAGCCGGGACGGCCGGGCCUGCAGGGGCGGGGCCGGGGCUUGGCUCCCAGUUCCGGAGGCUCCGCUGAGAAGCCGGGCGGCAGCGAGACCGCUUCUCCUGAGCCGCCGAACUGGAGUUGGAGCUGGAAUUCCGUGGGGCCGGGGCCCCGGCUGCCGGGCAGCGGCUCCUCGGGGCCGAGGCCGCGGCGGAGAAUGAGGCGGUGGCGGUGGCAGGCUCCCGGCGGAGCCGCCAGGCUGGAAGCAUGCUGCGCUGGUUCAUCACCGUGAUCUUGUGUGCUGCCUUCCUGGGGCUGGGAAUGAGUGUUGCUAUACUGGGACCGACAUUUCAAGAUUUGGCAACAAAUGUGAACCGCAAUAUUAGCAGUCUUUCUCUGAUUUUUGUGGGCCGUGCCUUUGGAUUUUUAAGUGGCUCAGUGAUUGGUGGAGUUCUUCUUGACAUUAUGAAUCAUUUUCUACUUUUGGGGGUGUCAAUGUUGACCACCACAGUUGGUCUUUAUCUUGUUCCAUUUUGUAAGACAGCAGUAUUGCUGAUUGUCAUGAUGUCCGUCUUUGGUGUUUCAGCUGGCGUUCUGGAUACAGGUGGUAACGUCCUGAUCUUGGCUCUUUGGGGGGACAGAGGAGCCCCACAUAUGCAGGCCUUACACUUCAGUUUUGCCUUGGGUGCCUUUUUGGCUCCACUGCUGGCUAAGUUGGCAUUGGGCACGACGGUGUCUGCUGAAAACCACACAGAGCCUGACUCUACCCAUUCUGCCCUCAACCAGUCAUCUGAAGCUGACUUAGAGUCUCUGCUUGGAGUACCUGACAACACGAAUCUACUGUGGGCGUAUGCUGUUAUUGGUACUUACGUUUUUGUAGUUGCUAUCUUUUUUUUGGCUCUGUUUUUAAAGAAGAGCUCAAGGCAGGAGAAAGCAAAAGCAUCUGCUCAGAGGUCUCGAAGAGCUAAAUACCACAGUGCCCUUCUUUGUCUCCUUUUCCUGUUCUUCUUUUUUUAUGUUGGAGCUGAGGUAACAUAUGGCUCUUACGUUUUCUCGUUUGUGACCACCCACGCAGGCAUGACGGAAAGUGAAGCGGCUGGGUUGAACUCCAUCUUCUGGGGGACCUUUGCAGCCUGCAGGGGCCUAGCAAUCUUUUUUGCUACAUGUUUACAACCUGGAACCAUGAUUGUGUUAAGCAACAUUGGCAGCCUGACAUCAUCCUUAUUGUUGGUGCUUUUCGACAAGAGCCCAGUUUGUCUCUGGAUAGCGACUUCGGUGUAUGGGGCCUCGAUGGCAACCACGUUUCCCAGUGGUGUUUCUUGGAUUGAGCAGUACACAACCAUCCAUGGGAAAUCUGCAGCAUUUUUUGUAGUCGGUGCUGCCCUGGGAGAAAUGGCUAUUCCUGCAGUAAUUGGAAUUCUUCAAGGACAAUACCCUGAUUUGCCUAUAGUUUUGUACACCUGUUUGGGGGCAUCGAUAGCCACUGCUCUUUUAUUUCCCAUGCUCUAUAAAUUAGCCACCUCACCUCUCAGUCAACAGCGAAAAGAACACAGGCAAAGCGAGGACCAGAAAGCUUUGCUGUCUAGUUCUGAGCUAAAUGACUAUGAGGAAGACAAUGAAGAAGAGGAUGCAGAAAAAUGGAAUGAAAUGGAUUUUGAAGUGAUCGAAAUGAAUGAUACAGUGAGGAAUUCUGUAAUAGAGACAUCUAAAAAUAUUCUGAUGGAGCCCUUGGCUGAAGUCUCCAGUCAGUUCCACUCCAGUGCAGUGGUACUGGAGUCCCCUCCAGUUGAUAGUGGCCAGUCCCUUGUGAAUCACUUGCAAGAAACCAGGCUAAAAGGGACUAACACCUAGAGAAGAUGGAUUAUUCUGACCUCCUUGAAUAAUCUCCAGUUGUAAAGAAGCCAGUCAGAGCAGAGCAUUAACAGAUUUUCAGCAUGCUUUGGGGAUCAAAAUUUCUAGGUCAGAGUGUAGCAAAUACUACAAAGUUUUGAAAGGUUCUGUAAUUCUAGAGUUUUCCAUAAAGAACAAAUGGUCUCGUGGGGCAGGAUCUUAUUGUGAGGCUAGUGUUUGGCACGUGGCUGAUUAGGUAAUGUUUUAUGGUCUCCACCCCUCAAAGCAUGCAAAGAAGGUGUUUGUUGUUGAGAAGUUGGGUGCUGUUCUAAUAGAACGAAACCACCUAGUAGUUGAAUUGAUUAGCUGAACAAAUGAUCAGUCAUCAGUAUUAUACCAGGGAAGUAGAGGAGUGUCAUUUCAUAAAAGAGCAACUUUGAAAAUGGACAGAGAUUUUUAUUAAUUGCUUUGCCCUCCCUGUAGUGUUACGCCGGAGAAUGCUGAUUCCUCAUUUGAUUUCUGAUUUCUAUGAGGAGAACACAAAACAGGGCCCUAGAGACCCGGCUUCAGGACUGCUGCUUACUAGUUUUCUGGCCCUGCACUCAGUCCUUAAAUAGGCCUUGUUUAUCUGUCUCCUGAUCUGUGAUUCUUUUAGUGAAAAUGAGAUGAUUUUCAAACUAGGAAUCCAUAAGUUUCAAAGUUUGUGCAAGGAAAAAAAAAA